AUGUACACAAUUUUUUCACUUGGCCUAGAAUUUGGCUGAAAAUCAAACCACUUUCACUGGAUAGACGGAAACUGGCUACUGGACUUAAAAGUAUUUGAUACAGAUCGCAAACCUUUUAAACAGAUUUUUGUUUCUUUUUGUUUUUAACUGUGUGAAAUAUACAGUGGAACUAUGACAAACCGCACUAGAAAUAACGAGAGGUCAUUAUUAUUGUCUAACCAGGAAAACGAGUCCAUCUUUAACGUGCUUGGUAGAGGAUGCGUGACGUUAGCUACAGCCGUUGUGCAGUUGUUCCUGGCAGACUCUGGCAACAAACAGAUAUGGAAUAUGAGAAGUUGCGGUGUUGUAUGUUUUGUAAAGGACAACCCUAAAAGAUCGUUCUUUAUCCGUGUGUAUGGUAUAGAGAACCAACAACAGUUAUGGGAGCAGGAGAUCUACAUACAGUUCAAGUAUAACACCCCGAGAGAGUUCUUUCAUACAUUCGAGGCUGAUGACUGCCAGGCUGGUCUGAAUUUUGCUAGUAUUGAUGAGGCUGAUACGUUCAAGACUGUAGUACAGCAGAAACUUCUGGACAGACAAAACAAACGACUCCAGAAGAGAAAACAGCAAGAUGGUGGAAAUCAUAUCCUUCCUCCUACUCCGCAGGGAAAUAUAGUUCUGAACUCAGGACCGCCACUGACUAGCGGAAAUAUAUCUUUGAGCAAGCAAGUUGUUAACAGGACAAAAUCAUCAGAAAAGGGAAAAGGAAAAGGGAAAAAGAAGCUGACAAAAGCUGAUAUCAGUACACCGACAGACUUCCGGCAUGUCGGUCAUGUUGGAUGGGACCCAACCAGUGGACUCCAGAUGGAUAAACUUGACCCCGAGAUGAAAGCAUUGUUUGAGGAGAUCGGUAUCGACGAACAGUCACAUGUUGACGAGGAAACUGUCAACUUUAUCUAUGACUUUGUAGACAAACAUGGUGGACUGAACGCUGUCAGGGAAGAUCUUGCCAGACGAAAACCACCUCCAGUCCCUCCUCCCCCAACUGAUCGUUCACAUGUGCCACCAGUUAAAAGUCAUAUUGGCAAAUCGUCACCACUACCAUCCAGACCUAACUUUGCUGCACCAAAGCCUCCCAGUAGAGACCAACCACCUCCUCCGCCAGACAGAUUAGGAAAGGCUUCUGCUAAACCUCCUCCAACUCCAAGUCGAGACGGACACCACAGCAGCAGCCCUAGCAGAGGCAUUCCGCCUCCGCCUCCCAAUAUCCCUCCACCUCCAUCGCCGCCAUCUUUUGACGCCCCACCGCCUCCACCAAUCAAACCAAGCGGAGAAAGCCGAGCUCCUGCUCCAUCAUCUGGUAGAGCUGGGCUCCUUGAUGCCAUUGUUAAUUUCAAAGGAUCGGCAUUAAAACCUGUAGAACAUGAUCAAGCAGUAGAAAAGCCUAUGACAUCAUCAAGCGAAACUGAGGGAGGCAUUGCAGCGGCAUUAAUGGAUGCCCUGAAUAGGAGAAAACCUGCUAUGCAGUUUUCAGAUGAUGAAGAUGAGAACAGUGAUGAUCUUGAUGAUGACGAUGAAUGGGACGAUUAGGUCAUUACAAAUGAUAAAUUGUCCUGAAAAAAGAACAUACCUAAAUAAGAAAAAGAAAAAGACCUCUAUCUUAUUUCGUAUUUUCUUAUUUCUUACUUUCUUACAUUCUAUAAUCACAAUAAAGAUAAAACUAUACUAUAAACUGGAUGCUACUCGCGGAAGGUUUUUUCGCUAAUAUUCAUAAAAGGGCUUCUCGUAUUGUUAAAAACACAGGUAUAUAAGAAUUGAGGUCAGGGAUACAUGUAAAGUUCAAACAUGAUUGACUUAAAUAUAUUUGCAUUACUAGUGUGAGUAGUAAAUUGAAGUCUUUGAAAAAUAAAAUUGCAAAACUAGAAUGGAUGCCAUAAAGAUAGUGCGUAAAGCUAACAGGAAACUAUGGCACAUUUGGCGUCAACAAUUUCAUUUAUUUAUUUAUCUUAAUAUUUAUUUGUGUUUGGAACUAGGAUGGGGUUGAUGGUGGGGAUAGUACAAGAUAAUUUCUUAAAUUGUUAAGCUAUGGACAAAAUCAGUAGAAACGCCUAACAACAUUUAGGUUACAGACCUAGAAGUACAAAGAUUCGACAAAGGUUCUUAUUCCUAGGGAAAUUGUGAGGUUAUAACAUGAGUUUGAUCUGCUGGCUGGUAAAAAAUGACUGCUUUUGUUUCACGUUUUAUAAUAAAUACAACAUUAUCAUC